CACAAAAACCCGCUUGGCGCGCGUUGGUCUGUCAUAUAGUUGUUAGGUAGUUUUUUUAAAAAAUACUAGCAAAAUAUCCUCCACAUUUUCUAGUGUUACACAAUGUCGUCGUUUGUCACCGAAGUCCUCGCCAGCUCUGGCAAGCUCCAGAAAGAGGACCUGUCCAGUAAAAUCAGCAAAAUGUCGCGCAAGAUUGAAGACACGAAGGAAGAAGUGUGUGACAUGAUGAACAAGCGAUAUCGGGACUUCCUGCCAAACCUUCAAGCAUCUGAAGACCUAAUGGUGCAAGUGGACGACUUGUCCAAAGAGAUGGGGACUCUUAAAAACUUUAUCGAGACCGAGGUGCGGAUAAAUAUGCACGAGGCCGUUGCAGAGUACGCAACGUUGAAGCAACAGUUGGAGAAAAACACUGUGGUCAUCACAAUGCUUGGACACCUGAAAGAGUUCCAUAAUUCAAUGGAGGAGUACAGCAAAGCCCUGCAGGAGAAGAAGUAUGUUGAUGCAGCCAACCAGCUGGAAAGGGUAAGGAUCCGUCUGGAGUCCCUCAAAGACUGGAAGGCGUCACAGCUGCCACUGCUCAGUGCCUUAGGCGCCGAGUUAACAGUGCAGAGGGAAAACCUUGUCUACCAUCUGGGAGAAGAGUGGAAGCGCCUCGUCGUCUGGAAGCUACCUCCUUCAACAGAGCCUGCAGGUGUGGCCUCCUUCCUGAAGGUGGAGCUAUUCCUGAGCCAGUCUUCCAUGAAGGACAGUGGUCCUGAACGCCCUGCUGUGCUGUGCAGCGUCCUGCAGGCCAUGGCCAUCCAGAGAGACCCCCAGCACAAGAUCAAACUCUUCAGCCAGGUGCUGCUGAAAUACAUGCUGAAGCCGGUGGUGCUGCACCCGUCUUUGGUGGUGAAGGUGGUGGAGCAGCAGGGCAAGGGGGUUGCCCUAACCUUUGAGAGCUUGAAGGAGUGCAAGGAGGAGCGCGUCAGUCCUUCGCAGGUCUACAUCAAAAUACUGCUGGUGCUCAAGACUCUCCACUCACUCCUGCUAGACAUUCCUAUUGGUGAUAAAAAGCUGACCGCCAUUUUGGGCGAGCUGAUAUGGGAGGAGCUCUCGCGCUGCAUCAUCCACGAGUGUUUGCCCCAGUCCAUCCCCACCAACAGCAGCCAGCUGGAGCAGUACGACACGGUGAUCAAGGAGACGGAGGAGUUUGAGAAGUCUCUGAAGGAGAUGGGGUACCUGCAAGGCGACUCAACGGACCUGCUCAAGUACGCCAGGAACGUGAACUGCCACUACGCCAACAAGAAGUGCAAGGACGUCAUCGUGGCUGCACGCAAACUCAUGACCUCCAAGAUGCACAACACCGUCAAGAUCACGCCGGAGUGUAGGCUGCGUCUCCCCAAGCUGCCCGCUCCAGAAAAGUCGGUGCGAGCCAAACAAGAGUCAUCCCCAAAGGAGCGCGCCGCCACGGAGAGCGCCGGUCAGCUGUCGUCGUGGAGCCAGUGUCUGCCGGCGUGUCGCAUCAGCGAGUGGGUGCAGCAGCUGAUGGAGCUGGCUGUCAACACGCUGUACGAGGCAGUCGGAAGCUCCACCCAGUGUGCUUUGCAACUCUUCUUCACUGUCAGAAACAUCUUCCAGCUCUUCCAAGACGUCGUGCCAACAUACCACAAGGAGAACCUCCUCAAGUUUCCCCACCUGGCCGCCAUCCAGCACAACAACUGCAUGUACCUGGCCCACCACCUCCUCACCCUGGGCCACUAUUUCAGAGCCCACCUGCCGCAGCCCCUCAACCAGAGCAUGGCUACCUUUGUCGACAUGGUGCCAGGAUUCAGGAAACUGGGCGCGCAGUGCUUCUUGAAUCAGAUGAACGUCCAGAGGGCGGAGCUAUUGGAGCGAUUGUCCACCGCUCACAACUUCUGCAACCUGGAUGAGGAGGACAACUACAUGUCAGCCAGCAAGGCUGUGAGACAGGUGACCCAUCAGUUGAAGCAGCUGGGGACGGUGUGGCAGGACGUCUUACCGGUCAGCAUCUACUGCAAAGCCAUGGGCAACCUCCUCAACACGGCCGUCAUGGAAAUGAUAGCCAAGAUCAUGACGCUGGAGGAUAUCUCGUCGGAGGACGGAGAGCACCUGCAUACGCUCUGCCAGACGGUCAUCGAGGACGGACCGCUGGUCUUCACCCCGCUGGCCGAGGAGCACAAGAACAAGAAAUUUGAGGAGGAGGUUCCCCUCUACGUGAAGAAGUGGGGCACCUUCAAGGAGCUGGACAUCGUGCUGCGGGCCAACCUCCAGGAGAUUGUGGACAGGUGGGCUGACGGCAAAGGCCCUCUGGCGUUGGCGUUCACAUGUGUGGAGAUGAAGAGUCUGAUCCGAGCUUUGUUCCAGAACACGGAGAGAAGAGCGGCGGCUCUUACCAAAAUCAAAUAAAGCAGCGCCAAGAAGGGACUUAAGUUUGUGGUAUUUGUUGGGACGUAAAAGGCACAUGUUUUUGGCUCUGCACAUGUAAUCUAUGGCCGGACGCACAUGGAACUUGUUAGCGGGCCAAUGCUAACAGUCACAGUGGCCGAGACACGUGCAUGAAGGAGCCAACUUGUGGACAGGGGGGGGUGGACCGUUCACAUUUGAACCGAACUCUCAGUACCUGGAAAUCAAAGGUGCCAAUUUUGUGUUAAUAAAUAUUGUUUGCAAAUAAAA